GUUAGUAGACCAUGACGCAGGCCGGCCCCAUGGCAGAGGACUGCAACAGCAAGGCCACAGAAGAGAGGAUCCUCCCGGCUGACCGCCACACCAGAGAGAUCAACCUGGUGAACAGAGACCCAAAGAGCCUGAACGAAGAUGCCGUGAGGUUGGACUUUGACGACGUCAUCGCUGAGCCGGACGGAACCCACAGCCUGGACGGCGUUUGGAAGACCAGCUACACCGCCUUCACCAUCUCUAAGUACUGGUGCUACCGCCUGCUGUCGGCCCUCUUGGGCGUGCCCCUGGCGCUGCUGUGGGGCGUGCUGUUUGCCGUACUGUCUUUCUGCCACGUGUGGGUGGUGGGCCCGUGCAUACGGAGCUGUCUGCUGGAGUCGCAGUGCCUGGGCCAAGUGUAUGGGCAUGGGGUACGCACCCUCUGUGACCCCCUGUGUGAAUCAGUGGGCAGGAUGUUCCAGAGCGUGCGAGUGGUCCUGCGGAGAGAGAUAUGA